AUGGUGCGAUACCCUAUUAUAGCCUCUGCACCCGGCGACAGCAGCACUCAAACAUCACUGCCGUACGGAAUUGGCCCCAGCGCCGCUGCGAAGCAGUCGACAUACCUUCCAGCACUUCUGGCGGCUGCGCAGCAGACAAGCCCCAUAGCAGCCAAAUCAGGUCAAAGUACGUUCCCGUCGGUGCCUUACUACGGGAUUCUCAGCCGCUUUGAGGUUCGCAUGGAUGUAUCCGUCGAGCGUGAUGCGCGAGCACCGGCAUGGUCGAUCUCAGACGCGGCAGGGGCGUCUGCUGGGAUGCUGCUGCGCAAUCCGACCACAGCGACGGCCCGUAUGGCGCACAUUCAGCGCCGCCUGUACGAUGUCGCCGAGCGCUUUGGAAGCGUGUACCACCUCAGCAACGGUGCAACACUCUCGGAGAGCGUGAUGGCGCCGCUGCUGCCGCAUCAAGGUGGUGCUUCCUCAGCUGCGUCUUUCCACUCUCAGCUGACUUACGGGGCAUACGUCCAAGCACUUCACGAUGCUUUCCGACGCUUCCGUGCGCUGCGGCAGGCGUGCGUUACGAUGGAGAAAGGUGCAUCGGGCGCCGGCGCUGCUACAAUCGGUGAUGGUAUGACUACGCACCACACCUUCUAUGUGCGCCUUCUGGGCCAUCCAUCGUGGAAAGAUCUCAACGCUCUGCUAUGCGUGGAGAAGGGUCGACUGCUUGUCUGCCUCAUCUCUUCUUCUCGGAUAACGCAGAAGCACUUGACGGCGGUUUGUGCAGAUGCUGGGGUGAGCUUGGCUUGGCUUGGCGGGGCCGCGCUCGUGGCGGAGCCGCUUCAACUGAUUCCCGGAGAUGUCAAUCCAGUGUGGGCGGUGUGGGAUGCGUUGGUGAACCUACCGCUACUCUCGCCGUCCUCAAUCAACCGAGAAGGGAACGAGGAGAGGCUCACUAGUGGUGCUGACGGCGCUGCGGAUACCCUCGACAACGCUUCGGCAGGGGCGCGUGAGGUGCUGCGCAGGGUGACGCAAACUGGCUCGGCUCUCUCCGGCUUUCACAUCUCGCUCAUCUCGUCGAUGGCCUUUCAAGGCGCUACGCGCUUCCACCAAGUUGGCCGGAUCGCCGAAGAGGCACCCGUGUUUGCUCAGGAAGAGCGCCCUUCGUCGUCAUCUCUGUCGGCGACGGCGGCGGCGAGGCAACCGACUCGCCAAGCCAUCGUCGCCCGCCGCUACAUCUGGCGCCUCAUUCCCUCACCGACAUCUUGCCUCGCCGUUGCCCCAACGUCCUCGUCCGCAUCAGCGCUAUCGUGUUGUGCGGUGCUGCCCUUCUUCAUAUCGAAGCUGCUCCAGUGCCUCGUGGAGGAGUGCGGACUCAUCGCCUUUGCGGUGCACUGCGGCGGACCGGCGGAGCUGACUACGCAUCUCGGCGCUCCAUCAGGGUCGACUGGAUCUACAGCUUCAGGUGCAGUUGGGGUGCGGCUGGUGCACAGCAGCGCGCCGUCACUGCUCACGCUGCAACAGGGACCCAGCUCCUCCUCGUGCCUUGCGUUCAGCCGUCUGAGCGGCGCUGUCUGGGUCGACGCCGAGACGCGCGAGAGCCUGAGCCUCGGUGGACUCGCUGCUGCGUUAGGAGAGCCCGACAAGGAUGCCGUGGGGGACGAAGAGGACACCGAGAUGGAGUUCGAGGUCGUGUCGAUCCGCUACGAGCGGCACAGCGAGCUGAAGACGAUGGAGAAAGAGCCAAACAAGGUGAGAGUCUGUGCCACCGCCGCCUCUGUCGAGAGCGGUGGUAGCUGUCCGGUCAAGCGCGCUCGCUUCGAUGCCGCUGGCAUCGACGAAGAGGACCACGACGAUGCCUUUGUACGACCGGCGCAGUGGGGGUCAUCGUUUGCGUUUACCGUGUCGGUGAAGCGACUCAUCACCGUCGAUGAUAUUGAUGCGUGA